AUGAAGCGCUCGCACUCUACCUCUUCUUCUUCGACCUUGUCUUCGUCGUCCUCGUCUACCGCUUCUGAUUCCGAUGACUUACAAUUUCGACCUCCUUUUAGUAAACGGGAAUAUCUUCUCGCUCAGAUUCGACAGAAGGAUCAAGUCAUCGACACGCUUCUGAAGCAGCUGCACAACCCUUACAUCGCUACACCGCUCUCGAUCUCCUCGUUCAAGCUCGCAGCCUCACCGUCGGAUGAGAAUAAGGAGAACGUGCUCGAAUGGUUCAAUCGCCUGCAUGCGAGUGUACACGGACCCACGCCCCCUCAGGGCCCUGAUCCGAAAGCGUUUUCCCAGCCUGGACCCAGCGAGACGGCGUCCGAGUCGGGCGAAGGGGAGGAGGCUGAAGCUGAUUCGGACUCUGAUGGCACUCCCAGCGCUCUCCCCGAUGACGCGGUGCCAAUCGGUCUUUUGGCGAGAUUGUCUUUAGAUAGGCAGAGGAAACGGGUGGCGACUGGAGUGGACGAGGAUGAGAAUGUGGGCGUGGCGAACAUGGAGUAUUUCAAGCCAGGUCCUGCGACAAAUCUUUCGGCUCGCAGACACUUGAUCGAGCAAAACGCUCCGCCUGAUAUUGUCGUUCACGGUCUCGUCACACCUGAAGACGUAGACAGGCUCUUUGCCAUAUAUUACGAGAAAAUUAACCCAUUUAUUCAUCUUCUUGACCCUGUUCUGCAUACGCCGAAAACUAUCUUCCAUCGAUGUCCGUUCCUGUAUACCGUCAUUUGCGCCAUCGCCUCUCGGUAUUACCCGGAGAAAUCCGAAAUAUAUCCUAUUGCCAUGCACUUUGCGAAGCAUUCUGCAGCUACCGCUCUGGUUGAUGGGUGGAAAUCCGUAGAGCUUUGCCAAGCGUAUAUCCUGAUGAGUAUAUAUGGUGUCCCAGCACGCCGUUGGGAGGAGGAUAGGAGCUGGCUAUAUACCGGCCUUGCCAUUCGCCUCGCUAUGGACCUGAAUCUCCACAAAUUGCCAAGGACGCGACCGCAGAGUGACCGACAAAUCCGCGAGAUGCUGAACCGUACGCGAGUCUGGCUGAUAUGCCACAACAUCGAUCGCUCCACCGCGACGCAGUUCGGCAAGCCGAUCACGAUCAAAGAGGACUACAUUGUCAAGAACUCGACAGAUUGGUAUAAGGGCACGGAGCAGAAUCAUCCGUACGACGUCCACCUGUGCGCAUACUCUGCCCUGAUGCGCAUCUUGACGCUGUUCAUCGAAGAAGUCUACUCAGACCCCAAUACGUCAUCGGGGCUCAAUAAGAGUAUUGACUACUUGUCUUUGGCCUUGCGAUACGAGGAACAACUGGAUGAGUACCACCGCGAGUGGAAACAGCGAUUUGAGGAGAUGUUAAAUCCAGACGAUCCCAUUGCGAGGUUUCGCGUGACGCUGUUGCCAUUCAUGACGUACUAUUCAAAACUCGUCGUGUAUUCAUUUGGGUUCCAGCAGGCUUUCGAACGAGGCAUGCAAGCCUCGGAUGACAUCUUUUUCAAGAAGUGUUUUGAAGCCGCCAAAUUGGUUAUCGUUCACGUGAUCACGGUCAUAGCUCCCAGCGGUUACCUGCGGUAUGCGCCGGACGGACACUUCAUUUUUGCCUCGUUUGCAUCAGCGUUCCUUCUGAAGUUACUGAGACCGGAAUUUCUCCAUCUCCUGACUUCACAGAUGGAGAGCGACAUCUUCGAUGUCAUCCACCAGCUCAUCAAUGUUUACAACUCUGAGCAAGUCGCGAUAGAUGAACGCCACACGCCAAAACUGUACGCUCGCUUCCUCACUGGCCUGCUGUCGAGGUAUCGUAAAGGCGGAGCUGCCAUCAUGUCCAAUCGUCAACAGCAGUUUCCUCCCGACGGCCAGUCCGUCGGCACCUCACCGUCCUCGGGGCAGAGUAUGACCGGUCCAUCUUUGGGCUCUGGCUCGCAUUCAGCUCCGCAGUCCGAUGACGGUGGCUCAGGUACUUACAACCCGGAUACCAUGCAGAUGAACGGCGGUGCAAACGUGGAUACGCAAGUCGCUGGCGGGGUCCAGUAUACCACCACCUCUUGCGGCCUCAGUGUCCCUGGUGAUCCGAUGCCCACUGGUGAAGCAGAUAUUGGGGAGGACACGGUGAUGCUCAACACGAACGACCUUUCGCAACUAGCGCCGAUGCGUGCGAUCACUUCAAACCUCGACAAUUUUUGGAAUAACAUGAUGCUUCCCGGGUAUGUCCUUCCACUUGUGAUGGGAUACCUACUACUUGUAUCUAAUGCGUUCUCAGCUUCGCGUGGUCAGAUGGAGGAUCACCCCCUUCGCAAGGCGGUAGUUACACAGGUUAUCCAGGUUUCCCGGGCUAUCAGUCUGGAUUCGCAGAUACUGCUUUCCCUCUCGUAG